AUGGCUAAAAGAGUCAACAGAUUGGACCAAGACGAAAUGUCACGAGAGCAGAGUAGCGCAUUGAUUUCAGACACAGAAGAUGAAUCAUUCAUGGCGCAAAGAACGCCAAGUAGGAGAGCAAGUAGUAUUUUCUCUCUAGAUACUAGCCCAUUGGAGCCACCUAAUGAGAGUGACAUUGAGAAGUUUACUAGCGAUAAAUAUCAUUUCAGUAUGAUGAGAAACUUGCACCUCGCCGAUUAUAUCACAAUGAUGAAUGGAUUUAGCGGUUUCUAUUCAAUUGUGAGUUGUUUAAGAUUCACAUUAACAGAUAAGCCACACUAUGUCCAACGCGCGCACUUCUUCAUACUUCUAGGAAUGUUUUUCGAUUUCUUCGAUGGCAGAGUUGCAAGGUUGAGAAAUAGAUCAUCACUCAUGGGCCAAGAAUUGGAUUCGCUUGCUGAUUUGGUCUCCUUUGGAGUCGCGCCCGCAUCCAUUGCGUUUGCAAUUGGCUUUCAAACAACUAUUGAUGUUCUCGUUCUAUCAUUUUUUGUUCUAUGUGGUCUAGCAAGACUGGCAAGAUUUAAUGUUACGGUUGCUCAACUACCAAAAGAUGUGACGGGCAAAUCCACUUAUUUCGAGGGUCUUCCUAUACCAACAACAUUGGCAUUGGUGGGUGUGAUGGCAUAUUUGGUGAGACAAGGACUCAUUCUAGAAAACUUGCCUCUUGGUAUUAUAGCUGAAGGCGAGUGGUAUGAAAUGCACCCUGCAGUCUUAGCCUUCUUCCUUCAGGGCUGUGGUAUGAUUUCCAAAAGCCUAAAAAUUGUCAAACCUUAG